AUGGCACAGAACGGAGCAGUCCCCGAACUUCCAGAAUCUGUCUCAAAACCUCCCGAAGGCGUCGUCCUGCCGCCAAAAGACAUAAGAGCCAUUAUCGAAAAGACGGCAGGCUACGUGGCGCGCAACGGCUCUGUCUUUGAAGACCGCAUCCGCGACAAGGAACAAUCCAAUCCAAAAUUCUCCUUCCUCUCUCCUCACGAUGCAUACGCUCCUUUCUAUCAGUGGCGACUGUCUGAGGUGCGAUCGGGACGAGGCACGGCCGUCUCCGCUGGAAGAGCAGGAGAUGCGACACCUAUGCCAGAAAAGCCAAAGGGCCCCGAACCGCCUCCCGAAUUCCAAUUCAGUGCGCGCAUGCCCAAUAUCAGCGCUCUGGACUUGGAAGUGGUCAAGUUAACAGCUCUGCACGUUGCUCGCAAGGGCAAGAGUUGGAUGACUGCCCUGUCACAGCGAGAAGCCCGAAAUUACCAGUUCGACUUCCUGCGCCCACAGCACUCGCUUUACAAUUUCUUUCAGCGCCUCGUUGAUCAAUACACAAUCCUCCUCCAGACCGGACCGGAAGGUCAAAAAGCGGAACAAGCACGCAUUCAGGUCCUACAGGCCAACGUUCAGGACCGGUUUCGAGUUCUCAGCCUGGCAAAGAAACGGUCGGAAUACAUCAAAUGGCAAGAGACUCAAAAACAGAAGAAAGAAGAGGCUGAAGAGGCCGAGCGGAUAGCCUAUGCCCAGAUUGACUGGCACGAUUUUGUCGUCGUCGAAACAGUGCUGUUUACGGAAGCAGACGAGCAGGCCGAUCUUCCGCCUCCGACAACACUGAACGAUCUGCAGAGUGCAAGUCUUGAGCAGAAAGCAAUGAUGAGUCUCGCCAGGCCAGAUAUGCGCAUCGAAGAGGCAAUGCCGACAGACGACAUGAGUGGUUAUGCGUACAACGAUCAGUUCGGAGGAUACCCUCAAAGCAAUGGUUGGGCGCCUCCGCCCGAACCGGCAGCACCAGUACCGGCAGCGAUGCCACCAUAUACUCCUUCUCCCGUGCCGCAACAACCCACGCCAGCAGUGCCUCAGAUGCCGACACCCAUACCAUCCUAUUCUCCCUCUCCACAACCGCCCUCGGUGUCUGCCCAGCAACCACCCCCUUCAACGGCCUCUCCUGCCCCAAUACCGGGCCAACCUCCAAUGCGCAUCAAACAAGACUAUAUUCCGCGCGCCCAACAACGUGCAGCCACCGCUCGCACAACCACGGCCCUAUGUCCCAACUGCGGCCAGCAAAUACCUAUUGCUGAGCUCGACGCGCACUUGCGCAUCGAAUUGCUGGACCCAAGAUGGAAAGAGCAGCAGUCCAAAGCUGCAUCGCGGUUUUCAACCACGAACCUGGGCGGCACGGACGUUGCAGCUAAUCUGAAGAGACUGAGGGCUAGGACAGAUGGAAUUACCAGCGAUCCAGUCGCGGAGGCAGCCGCAAGGGUCUUGGGCGAACAAGAAGAGGAGGAGCGGAGGAAGAGGAUGAAGCUCGAGGGCCAGCCCGGAGCAGCAGCAUAUCCAGGCGUAGCAGCACAGAACCAAGGUGGACAACAUACCAUGGAUCUGCAGGAGCAAAUACGGCAGAUUCACAACAAGUACAAGUCGUGA